GUUUCAACGCCGCAAAUCCCGCCGUGAUCUGUCUUGAGUCCAUUUCCUGAUCAGAGGGUAUGGAGAGGAAGUAGCGGCCCUCGAAGCAUCACGAUUGUGAAUAGGCUCCGUCAUGGGUCUUAUUUUCUCCAGGUGGAGGAAAAAGGAAUCGCUCGGAGAAGUGUUAGAAUUACUGGAGAAGGAUAUCAAAGCAUUGCAGUCCAGUCAGCAAAGAACGGAAAACCUCAGGAAGAAAUUUAUUGGUUCUCUGAUCCUGUACUCAGUUGUGAUGUACAUUUUAGCUGCUCUUGUAUGCUACUUUUAUGACUUUCCAAAGUCUUGGAAAGCUAAAAUUGUGCGAUCAAUUCCACUCCUAGUAUUUCCUUUUGUAGUGUAUUUAUUGAAGAGAGUGCUUCAUUACUUUUUUGUUCAAAGAAUUAGUAAGAAUGAAAGAAGGCUGGAAGAGUUAAAGGACAAGAAGAGACAAGUUCUUGAGGAAGUAAUGGAAAAAGAGACUUACAAAGCAGCUAAAGAUUUGCUGGCUAAAUAUGACCCCAAUUCUGAAGUUGUUAAGGUGGAAAGAAAAGAGACACCCAUUUCGACUCCUACACACAGUGUACAGAGUCCAAGUGGCUCAAUGGGAACAGAAUUAAGACAGAGGAAUGCCCUGGGUAAGGUUGAAAGUCCAGGGGCUCCAUUACAGCGCACCAUCUCUGAGCCCUCUCUAGCAGAGUCUCCAGGCCAGAUGAAUCAAUCAGGGGAUAGCAAACAGACAAAUCAGAAGGCAAUAGAGCCAAAGAAAUCCAACAGCCUCAUGAAUAUUCCUUCAAACUCAUCAGGUGCAGCAUCUCCAUUGCCCCCUGGUACGCCCCGCAGAAUAGCCUCACCAGGUCCCAUGCCAAGACCUGCUCAGCCAAUCUUACCACGAGAGAGAACAGCUAUGGAUAAAUUGGUGGAAUAUCUUGUUGGUGAUGGACCAAAUAACAGAUAUGCUCUGAUAUGCAGUCAAUGCCACUCUCACAAUGGAAUGGCCUUGAAGGAGGAAUUUGAAUAUAUAGCCUUUAGAUGCUGUUAUUGUUACCAACUCAACCCAGCAAAGAAACAUCGUCCCACUGCUCCAAAACUGGAUUAUGACACUUGGUCAUCUCCAAGACAAACCUCUGGACAAGGUGCUGGGCUGCACCACAGGAAACCCACAAAUUCAGUGCAGGCCAUGUUAGAGAAAAAGAAUGUGACACAAAAGGCAGAUGAGCCCAGUUCUGUGAAGGAGGAAGAGUUAUUGAAUGGUGAUGAUGCUGCAGUGGAGAAAAUCAAAGAAACUGCCAACAGCUCAGACAUCAAUUUGGAAGACAAAGACUGUGACCAAGGGCACUAACAUAUUGUAUGCAGUUGUUGCUGUGGAUGAUUACAGUUUUGUUCUGUUGGGCACAAAGAUAUUUUAAAUCAUCUUUUAAAUGAGCAAGAGCAAGGUUGUUAUGAGGACUAGAAAAUACCGUGGUUUCAUGUGAUAUGCACUGAAUUUAUUUACAUUAAAAUCCAAAGGCCUCUAGUUCAAGUAAAUUAAGUUAAACCAUGAGAAGCACAAGAAGAUUAAAUUUCUUGUUUAGUCACAGAUUCUUUAUAGAUGGUUUAUUUAUUAUGAGUAUUAACGAGGAGUUGUUCCCUCUUAUGAUGGAGAUAUGUCAGAUACUCUGUCAGAUUAAUUUAUUGAGAGAAUAAAUGACACUUUUAACAAUAAAACUUUUGUGACUGUAGCAUACUUGGUAAUGUUCAGUGCAAGUAGUGAAAUUAAGUGUACUGUGCUAAAUUUCUUCCUAGAAUGUCAAUAUGUAAAUGUGGCUUGUUGUUUAACACUAAUUUCUUGAAGCCAGAAUAACCAGGAAUGUUGAAUGUUUGGCAGACAGCGCAAAGAAUUUUUAUUCUAAUCUUUGGAGUGUAAGGGUUAACACAGCUUCAAAUGAACAUCUGGGUACAAUGUGUUCCCUUAACCCUUUAACUUCUAUGAGUGACUAAGACAGAAUUUCUCCUUACAAUAUCAAUAGAAUAUCAACCAGAUAAGUGAUGAGAAAAAAGAAAAAUAUCAAUUUGGUGAUAAUUAGUUGAUCCAAUACUCAAUUCUCUGAACUAACUUUAGAAGAAUUGUAUGGUUGACAGUAAGGAGAAUUACAAAUUUUGUCUUGGAGUUGAAGGGUUAAUUUAUGAGUUGAGCCCAAGAAUAAGGUUGUAUGCUUGGAUCAAUGUCAAUAUAUGAACAACUGUGCUCUUACCCCUCCCCUUACCCAACAUUAACCCUAACUUGUUAUCAGUUGACUGCAGUUGGGGAGGGGUGGGUGUGCAGUUAGUCAGAUACAGACAUUGAUCUGAUUGCUUCAUUGAUACCACUUAGUAGAUCAAAUUGAGAAGUGGACAUUUUUUAUGCAUAAAACUAUAUUUAUAGUUUAUUUUCAGCAAAAAGUGCUGCAUAACAAAUUGUAAAUCACAGAUAAGUUGAAAUUACAGUUGCAUGAGGCGAGUGGAAGUAAAGUUAAAUUUUGA